AAUUCUUUACGAUAUCAUGGUAUCGCCCACGCUGCAGAACUAUCGGACGAUGGGACUCGGGACUCUGAGAGAUGACUUGCAGCGUCUACUUGAGUCGACAUUGAUGGACUCGUGGAUGCCUGCGGAUGUAAGGAAGGAGGGAAAUUAUCCACUUGUGACUGUAGAUUCAAUGUUGAUCUUCCGAGAUGGUAUGUUGACCAGGAGGAUGGAUGACGGGCUGUGUGACGCAGAAUGAGUAGUACUUAGGAUAAGACAGAAGUAGGGUUCAAGUUGAGGAGCAUGUCCAAAGUUGAAGCGGGCAAUGUGAUGGUUAGUGG